AUCUGUAUGACAUGUAUUCCACCGCCUUGGGAAGGCUCUCCAUGCAGCGUUCAGGAUGCGUCCAUGCCGUGAGCCACGGUAGUCCAGGGCCGAUGCUUGGCUGGCAGAUACGUGGCCGCCCCAAACUUUACAUUACCAGAACGCCGACUGCUUGAUUGUGGGUGUAUCAUGCGUGUUACGCUGAGUCCUCGACCUCUCCACGUGCUUGGACGACAUCUCCGUUAUCGGCACGUCCGACCGACCUUCCAGUUUUCCCCUUCGUACCACGUGCACUCGGCGGCGACAAACGUCGAGGCGGACUUUGCAACGUCGCCGUCCGGUUCGUUCAGUCGAAACCAAAUCUGGUUUUCAAUCCACGUCCGGUAUAAAAACUCUGGAAAGGUCGCCGCACACACGACGACUUCAUCGUUCCAGUACCGCACGACUGCCGCUGGUCCUUCGUCUUCGAUGUCGACGUCCUCCACAUCAAGCGGCGACGCGAUCACGUGCUCUUCCAACGGUCCGUCCAGAACGAGAUACCACGUCAUGCAGCCCUGUUGAUCGCGGUAGAACUGCAUCACCGUCAUGUCGACCUCAGGAAUGUGAACUGGAUUGGUCAAUGAAAAGUACGCCGCCGUGGCCGACACAACUUUGUCUUGUAGCUCUUGCGACGUCAUGACGCGGAUGAAUUCCGGGGAGAAGGGGUAUUCCAUCGCGACUUCGUUGAGUAUGGCCGUGUUCUUCGAGUGCGUUAACGUCAUUGGGGUCGUCAAUGGCGUCCCGUCAUUCAGAAAGCGCAGCCCUGCAUAUUUGGCAGGUGGAACCAUGGGAAUAUGCACACCGAUCAGGUCCUCCGCGGUGUCUGCGGUGUCGGUCGGUGCCAUCUCCGUGCCGUACCAUGCCCACUUCGGCUGCACCCCCAUAUUCCGAAC